AUGUCCCCAUUCAUUGCGACACUUCGCGAUAUAUUCUUCUCUGUCUUUCCAUUGGAUUUCGUCAUCUGGAUCGCGAUCGGUGAAAUAUGUCUCACCCGAAUCCUUCCAUGGUACAAACAGUCUUCCAUUACACACGCACACCACCUCACAGACACAACCACAGCACAACCAUACCACACAUUACCCACAAUCCCGUCCCAUACCCCUCCCUUUUCCUUCUACUCUCCAAUCUCACAUCAUCACACACCACUUUCAACCCUCCCACCCCUCACCCAAUCUAUCCAUCUCCCACCAUCCCUCCCCUUCCCCUUCCAAGAACCCCAUACAUACAUACAUACAUGCAUGUACAGCGGCAGGUACCUGUCAUCCACGCAUGCAUAUUCUCCAUAA